AAAGUAGGGAAUCGAAGGCUUUAUAAAGAAAAAAGGUGGGAUUUUACUGCUCUCCGCGUUUGAUUUUGCUUUCAUCAUCAUCUCAGUUCGCUUUGCAAACUGAUCAGUUUAUUUUGUCCCUCGACACUAUUUACAUCUUCGUUAAAAAAAAGAAGAAUUUAAAAAGAUGAAAAUUAAGCAGACAACAGUUCUGCUGUUAGCAGUGUUAUUUUGUAGUUUAAUUGAAAAUGGUUUUGGAAUAACUCUAACAGGUGGAUGCGAUGCUCAUAAAUGUGGUUAUAAUGCAAAGUGCACAUUAAGCGAAGGACGAGCCGUAUGUUCUUGUAUUAAUUUACACAUGGGAGACCCAUUGGUACGAUGUACAAAAGUCGAAUGUUUAGUGAAUGAAGAUUGUUCAUCAAAUACAGCUUGCAUUAACAAUCGAUGUGUUGAUGCUUGUGCCGGUACUUGUGCAUCAAAUGCAUUAUGCAAAACAAUUAAUCACGUACCUGUUUGUUAUUGUCCACAAGGAUAUACAGGUGAUCCUUUCACGCGUUGUGAACUUGAAGAUCCAUGUAAAAAAUCACCAUGUGGUGUAAAUACAAAAUGUGAAGUUAUCAAUACGGUACCAACAUGUUCCUGUUUACCCGGUUAUAUUGGUCAGCCAUUGAGUGGUUGUCGACAUGAAUGCGAAAAUGAUAAUGAAUGUCCUCAAAAUAAAGCAUGUUCAACUUCUUUUCGUUGCGAAAAUCCAUGCAAGUGCGGCGAUAAUGCAAAUUGUGAAGUCAUCAAUCAUCAAGCCAAAUGCACCUGUCCACCUAAUUGGCAAGGAAAUCCUUAUAUCUCAUGUCGAGCAGAAUGCACAUAUGAUUCAGAUUGUUCCAGAGGUAAACCAGUUUGCUAUUACUCAAAAUGUGUAAAUCCUUGUGAGGGUGCUUGUGGUGUUAAUGCCAAUUGCGAAUUACGUGGUACAACCCCAGUUUGCAGUUGUCCCAAGGAUAUGACUGGCGAUCCAUUUACAUCCUGUAGACCUUUUACACCAGAGGAUCUUUGUGAACCAAAUCCUUGUGGUGUGAAUGCAAAAUGUACUCCUGGACACGAUAAUACAGGAAAAGAGAGACCAGUAUGUACUUGUCCUCAAGGAUAUAUUGGCAAUGCUCUAUCCAGUUGUCAACGAGGUGAAUGUUUCACGGAUAAUGAAUGUCCAAAUAAUAGAGCUUGUAUCGAUUAUUCCUGUCAAAAUCCUUGCCGAGGUCAUGAAUGUGCAACUUCAGCUAUUUGCGAACCAAGAAAUCAUAUUGCCGUUUGUACUUGUCCUGAUGGAACUCGAGGUGAUGCUGUAGUAACAUGUAAUCCAAUUGUUGGCACUCGAUCAAGAAAUUAUAGAUUAGGAUAAAUAUAUUCCUAUUGAUAUUUCCUGCAAAAAAAAAAAAUUAUUAAAUUAACUUCUUUUACAAAAUUAUACAAAAUUUAACUUUGAUUUUAAACUAAUAGUUGUUUUUUUUUAUUUAGAAUUAUCUUCGAUGUUAUAGCUCCUAACUUAUUUAUAAAAUAUAAAUUCAUAUUACCUGUUAUGUUACACAAUAUCUUGUCAUUAUUUAUAUAUUCUAUAAAAUGACAUAAUGCUAGACUGUGUUAAAUUAAAAAUAAAUUUUUUAUUGUGUGAAAGUGUGAAAAAUCUGCGGAUGUACUCUGAAAUAUUUACAUUUUAAAUUUAUUUAUAUCACCAUCAAACCACUAGAUUUGUACAAAGUAAAUAAUUAAUUACUUUAUAGAAUAAAAAUCCUUAUAAACAUA